AUGAUUUUUCCUGAAGAUGUCUCUUAUAAAGUUUAUCACACAAACUUUAAGAAAUCUGAUACAAUUAUUAUAGACAAUGGGACAUAUGAAAUUAAAGCGGGUUAUAAAGGUGACAAGCUUGCAUUAAAAUUUUUAAAUUGUUUUUAUAAAGAUAUAGAUGGAUUUAAAUUUAUGAGUGUUAAAGGUAAAAAUAAGUAUACACCCUUUACACAUGACAUGAUUUCAGGUUUUCAUGCCCUAGAAGAAAAUUUUGAUCAAAUUUUUGAAUAUUUAGAUGUACAAGAAUGUAAUAAACUUAUUAUCACAGAUUCUAUUUACAGCCCCACAAAAAAAGAUUUGCUAAAAUUUUUAUUUGAUGUGUAUCAUUUUAAAGAAAUACAAAUUGGUGUAGAUGCAAUUUAUUCAGGACUUCAUAAUAAUAUUUAUGAUGGCAUUAUUAUUUCCCUUGGAAAUAUUUCCAUUUGUGUAUACGUUGUUAAAAAUAAGAAGAUACUAGAUGUUUAUAAAAUAAAUUAUGGAGGCAAAUUUGCUCUUCAGUAUUUAACAAAUAUUUUGAGAUACAAAUUUAAAGAAUCAAAUAAAGAUUAUAAGAACUUACUUAAUUAUCUAAAAUGUGCAAAAGAUUAUGAUCAAGAAGUAUUUGAAUUAAUUAAUAAAAUGAAAGUACAAGAUUAUAAAGACAGUGUUUGUAUUAGUUCUAUUGAAGAAGAUAAAUGCGAUGACGUGCCAGUAGACCCAGAAAAAAGAAAUAGAAUGAUUGAAAGAUUAAGAAACAUUAAUAGAAAAACAAAAAUCAAAGAAGAAAUAGGUGAUGAAAGUACAUCUGAAGAUAAUCCAAGCUCUGAAAGUACAAUACCCGAUGAAGAAGAACAUCUUUCUACAAUUAGUGAGGAAAAAGAAACUAAAGAAAAAAGAAAUAUGCCAGGAAUGUAUAAAAUAAGAUUAUAUCAAUUUAAUGCAAAGAUACAAAAAAUAUUUAAAAGGUUAGCUAGAAGCAUUGAAAAAAACGAGGAAGAAUAUGAAAAAGAAACCAAUCUGUCAUCCUGGCUUACUAAAAAAAAAUUAAAAUAUGAGAAGAUCUGUAGAGAAAUUGAAUUGAGAGAUAAACUUCGAAAAGACUCUACAAAUAGAAAAACGUACGAAUUUGGUUUGCUUUUAAAAACAGGAGAACUGACCAGUGAAGAGGUAGAAUAUAAAAAGAAAAUUAAAGAUGCAGAGAAUUUAAAAAUAGAUGAAAAAUUGAAUGUUGAAAAAGAAGAUCUUUUAGAUCUAAUUAGUAAUUAUGAUAGUAAUUACAUUUUAAAUACAUCUACUAUGUUUGAUCUUGUCACAUGUAAAAAUUUAGAUAAAAUUAUUAUUAAUAUUGAUUUAUUUAGAGUGGCUGAAGUUAUUUUUGAACCUAGUUUAGUAGGUAGUGAUCAGAUGGGUCUUGGAGAAAUAUUAGAAAUUUUAUUUAAAUCUUAUAAAGAUAUUACUAAUGUUUUUAUUACUGGAGGAUUUAGUCAAAUUUAUGGACUUAAAGAAAGGCUUGAAUUUGAAUGUAAAAAAUAUGCAUACAGAAAUGAUAUUGUUAUAAAAAUGGCGGAGAAUCCUGUAGAUGAUGCGUUUAAUGGUGCAAGAUUUUAUGAAAUGUUUGAAACAUAUAAAUAUGAAGAUUAUUUAAAUGGUAUUUAUGAUUCAUAA